AUGACAACAAAUAACCCAUCAUUUACUCGAUAUCAAUCACUUGAAGCAACACAAGUUAUUCCAUUAUUUGAUUCAAUAUCAACAAAAUAUACAUCAACACCACCAUUUAAACCUAAAGCUGGAGAAGUUUAUGUACUAAAACUUGAUAUUGGACAUGAAAACGAUUGGCGUAGUGAUGGUUAUCGUUGGGUACAAAUAGCUGCACGUCGUUUACCAACACAUAAUCCAGUAAUAAAAAAAUGUUAUUUUCAUUCUGGACAAAAAAAUAAGAAAAAAAAUAAAGAUUUUGAAAAACAAGCAUUUGUUUCACUUGUUGAUCCAUCAAAAGUUGUUGUACAAUAUCUUGGUGAUGAAAAUAUUGCUGAAGAAUUUCCACAUGGUAAUUCUAAAAAAAAUACUAAACCAUUUUUUCGUACACGUCCAUCACUUCUUAAUAAACUUAUAUCUGAAGCAGCAACAAAUACUGAAACCACAAAAAUAUUUACGCAAUAUACAAGAAAAAAUUCUUAUGAACAAGAUAAUAAUGAUGAUACAGAAAAUCAUUCUACUGAAAUACAUGAAACAUUUGAUGAUGAUGAUGAUGAUGAUGAAAAAAAGAAAUUAUUAAAAACUAUAAAAUCAUCCAAUAUACAAAAUGAAACAGAAAUUGGUCCCGAAAUUUUAUCUCGACCUCGUAAUAUUGAACAAAUACGUAAUAUAAAAAGACGUUUAGCACGUCGUCUUGUUGCAUCAGCUGAUGAAAUAUCUGAUUUAUAUCAUUUUGCAUGUGAAACACCAAAUUAUAUUGUUCGAUUUACAUUAAUACCAAAUGUUGUUGCUGUUGCAUUUUCAAAUCAAUCAAUGCAUGAAUUUAAUUUAUUAUUAGAUCAUUCUGAUCUUCUAUCACAACAACAUGUUCUUAUUACAUUUGAUUCAUCAUAUACUAUUAAUACAUAUCAUGUUACAUGUAUUUUUUAUCGACAUAUUGCUAUGAAAGAGGAACCAUGUAUUUUACUCGGUUGUGCAUUACAUAAUCGUCGUUGUGAUGAUGUAUAUGAAUAUAUCUUAACACAUUUAAAACAACAAUGUCAGAAUAUUGAAUCUCGUUGUAUAUAUGUAAUUGAUAAUGAUGGUAAUACAUUAAAAAAUAAUUAUUUAUCAAUAUUUUUACCAAAUCUACGUAUUAUUCAUACAUGGAAUUAUAUUUUUUCUCAAUUACAUGCAUGGUUAUUACAAAAUGGUCGUACACAUGCUGAUUAUCAAUUUUAUCUUGCUGAAAUAAAAUCCUUAUUAUUAUGUGCUGAUAUGAAAUUAUUUAUGCGUUUAUAUGAUCGUUGUAAAUCAAAUUGGACACAAGAAUUUCGAACGUAUUUUGAACAAAUUAUUUUACCAUUAGUUGAUACUGAUCUUGGAUCAUGGGUAUUAAAAAAAUUUAAUCUUUUCGAUCCAUAUACAGGUAUAAAAGGUUUAGUUUGUGAAUCAAUGCAAAUUGUGUGUGCACAAUUACGAGAUUGGCGUGAAUCUCGUAUUGAUAGUGGUGCAAUGGUUUUUUAUUGGUUACAAAUGUAUUUUGUUCAACAAUUGCGAAAAACUUAUACUCAUCAUGAUAGUAUUUAUACAUUAAAACAACCUAAAUGUGAUAAAUGGGCAAUGAAAGCUAUGAAAUCAAUCGCUUCUCAUCAAGCAACAACAGUUUUAUCACCAGAUCAAAUUGUUGAACAUAUCCGUAAUAAUGUUUUUACGUCAUCUCUACAUCACCUACAUUCACAAGGUAAACGUUCUACUGAACAACAAAUUUUAACAUUAUCACCAGUGAAACGUCUUAAAACAAUAACAUUUGAUGGUACACAGCAACAACAACAACAACAACAAGAGCCAUAUAUUAUUACAACGACAAAUACAACAGAUUUAAAACGAACAUUGGUUGUUACGGCUCAACAGCCAAGAACAAUGACUAUACAUCGAAUUACUCCAACAACUAAUCCACAAACAGCAUUUCGUCUUGCAACUGUGCCAUCUUCUCAACAAUCACAAAAUUUUUUUAUUACAACAGCUGCUACUACAUUACCAAUUUCUCAAACAACAACUGGAUUAAUUGAUAAUUCAUCAAUGUAUAAUAAUGAUACAGCAGAUUUAACAAGUUUAGUCACAGCAUCAUCUCAAACAUUGAAUACAGCAAUAAAUCAAACACAUUCUGCUUUGGUUUGUCCAACUGUACCAUCAAAUGUUCUUCGAUUAACAGUAGUACGAAAAUAA